UUGUCUGUCCCUUUUUUCGUUUUUGUUUCCUUCGAUCCCGGAAAAAGGAACAAAUUCAUCCAAACUUACCAAUUAAAUCUUCAUUUUUCUUUUUUGCGAUCUAGGGUUCCUUCCAUUCAUUCUCUACUCUCCUGGAAUCCCAAUUCCAAUACAUCAUCAUCGUCAUCAUCUACUUUAAACUAGAGCUCCUGCUAAUUCCAUAGAUCCAAAACUCGUCGAUUUUCAAUUCUCCCAAUCUCGAUCAAGUUCCUGAAAGAAAGAAUCAGCUCAGAUUCUUUUCCGUUUUUGUUUUCCUUAAUUGUUAUUAUCUUUAUCGGUAAUAAUAUUAGCCAUCAAAGAUUUCUAUAAAUUCUGUUUCAUAUAUUUGCGAAUGUGUGAAUGCUUGAAAAUCUUAUUCUGAAACUCUGUUCGGAGCUUUUGAUUAUUGAGAUUUACAGAAGGUGUUCAAGCAAUUUAGGGUUUGGUUUGGUUUUCCUGAUUUUUUGGACUCAAGAAAAAGAGAAAAUUUGGGGCAUUUGAGAGAUCUCCAGUGUUGUAUCUUGUUUUGACUUGUUUUUAAUGGGGAAGGUGGCUGUUGGAGCAGCGGUGAUAUGCGCUGCGACUGUCUGCGCCGCGGCAGCUCUUAUCGUUCGCCAUCGUAUGAGAAGUUCUGGUCGAUGGGCUAAGGCGAUGACCAUACUUAAAGAAGUCGAUGAGAAGUGUGCCACUCAGGUUUCUAAGCUCAAACAGGUCGCCGAUGCCAUGACCGUUGAGAUGCAUGCAGGGCUUGCUUCCGAGGGAGGAAGCAAACUCAAGAUGCUCAUCAGCUACGUCGACAAUCUCCCCACUGGGGAUGAGAAAGGAUUAUUUUAUGCUUUGGACCUUGGUGGAACAAACUUCCGUGUUUUGCGAGUUCAAUUGGGAGGGAAGGAAGGACGUGUUGUUAAACAAGAAUUUACUGAGGUGUCAAUUCCUCCACAUUUGAUGCUUGGGACUUCAGAUGACCUAUUUGACUACAUUGCCAAAGAGCUUGCGAAAUUUGUCGCUUCUGAAGGUGAAGACUUUCACCUUUUUCCUGGCAGACAAAGGGAAUUGGGUUUUACCUUCUCAUUCCCUGUGAAGCAAUUGUCAAUUGCCUCAGGGACCCUUAUUAAGUGGACGAAAGGCUUCUCUAUUGAGGAUGCGAUUGGUCAAGAUGUAGUUAUAGAAUUGACAAAAGCCUUGGAAAGACAAAACCUUGAUAUGCGUGUGACAGCUCUGGUCAAUGAUACAAUAGGAACAUUAGCUGGUGGAAGAUAUUACGACAAUGAUGUUGCUGUUGCUGUCAUCUUGGGUACUGGAACAAAUGCAGCUUAUGUUGAGCGAGCACAGGCAAUUCCCAAGUGGCAUGGUCUUCUACCGAAGUCAGGAGAGAUGGUUAUCAAUAUGGAAUGGGGUAACUUCCGGUCAUCACAUCUUCCUUUGACAGAAUAUGACCAUGCAUUGGAUGCCGAGAGUUUAAACCCUGGUGAACAGAUUUUUGAGAAGAUAAUUUCUGGUAUGUAUUUAGGAGAGAUUGUACGUAGAGUCUUAUGUAGGAUGGCUGAAGAAGCUGCUUUUUUUGGUGAUACUGUUCCAGAAAAACUCAAAGUUCCAUUUAUAUUGAGGACACCUGAAAUGUCUGCUAUGCAUCACGAUGCAUCUUCUGAUUUGAGAGUGGUGGGGACCAAACUUAAGGAUAUCUUAGGGAUUUCUAAUACCUCCUUGAAAACGAGAAAAGUUAUUGUUGAGCUCUGUAAUAUUGUUUCAACACGUGCGGCCCGCCUUGCUGCGGCAGGAAUCCUGGGUAUCCUGAAGAAACUGGGAAGAGACAGUAUCAGGGAGGGGGAGAAGCAGAGAACAGUUAUAGCAAUGGAUGGUGGUUUGUAUGAGCAUUACAAAGAAUUCAGCGAGUGUUUGGAGACCACUCUGAGAGAGUUGCUGGGAGAGGAGGUCGCAGAUUCUAUGACCAUCGAGCAUGCAAAUGAUGGUUCCGGCAUUGGGGCUGCACUUCUUGCAGCUUCUCACUCCCAGUAUCUGGAGGUCGACGAGCCCUGAGAAUGGUCAUUUAGGCCUGCUGAGUAUAUUUUUAAGGAGAGAUCACAUCUUUUUUCUUUCUUUUUCACUUUCCGCUAAAUUGUUUCAAGCCUUUUAGAGUUGAAGAGACGAAAGUUCCAGAAUCCUCUAUUUAUAGCCUUGCAGAUUUAUGACAAAUGAGAGGUAGCUUAAAUGUAUAAUUGCAGGACCUGGAAGUGUCUCUGAACUUGUUGCACUUCGGCCUGCCUGCCAUUUUUCCUCUUCUUGUUUUCCUGCUUAUAGGUGCCUUUUUGAUGUUGUAGGGGUUCGGUCCAUGUGUGUUUUCAAUCUCACAUUUUGGAGAAUAAACCUGGAAUUGAGCUUUUCUUCGUA